GAACGUCUACGUCAUCACGUACAGCGGAACGUCUCGGAGAAGAUAAACAAAAAGGAAGGAAGCCGUCGGCCAUACAAUCGCGGCAAAAAUCGGUUCAAAAUUUUAGCUCGUAAAUCGUAGCUAGCACCUACAUGUUCCCUUUGAAUUGCGUUAAUAUUUAUUGUUAAGCGUUUACAAUCAUGGACGAGGCGAUAGUGUUUCGUAUGAGUGCAUUUUCGGAGCAAGGGGGAAGGAAAUACAUGGAGGAUGUUGUCGAUAUAAGAAUCGAGUACGAGCCGACGCCGUCGUCAGUGGAAGAUUAUCUAAAGUCUCAGAGUCAUGGAGGACAGGAGAAAGCGGAGAGCGAACCUACCAAACAGACUGAAAUGGAGACACUUGAACAAAACGCUGAAGCCGAAUCGGGUCCGGCUGCUGUGUGGGUAGAGAGUCUCCCUGAAGAGGACACAAGCGGCCACAACAGCGCACCGGCAUCAGACGAGCGGAAAGUGGCAGAGCAUGUUGUCGACACUCGGAAGUCUGUGGCUUUUUUCGCCGUGUUUGAUGGUCACGGGGGUCGGGAGGCUGCACACUUUGCCAGAGAGCAUCUGUGGGAACUGUUGAAAAGACAGCGGGGGUUUUGGUCGACGGAUCACAGCGAAGUGUGCGCCGCUCUCAAGAAAGGCUUCAUCGCUUGUCACCAUGCGAUGUGGAAAGAGCUGCGUAAGUCAUUAUAGAAAGGCAUUUUUAAGAGUCACUGAUACAGCUGUCUACCCACUGACACAGUUCCUGCAAGGUCAAACUGUAAACUGUGUCACAGGAAGAGCUCAGACUCAGCUGAUGCUAUUAUGAUGCCCGAUCCUCUGCCAACUAGCCCAUCCCAAUACAUGUAAACACAGUGAGCCAUCAUCUGACUACAACAUGGAUUUCACUUGAUGUGACCUUUAAAAAAGGGGGUGUAUUGGAUGUUAUUAUACGGAUAAAAGCAGAUUAAUGUGGGCUGAGAAUUUUACAAACAUGAAAUUUCACACAUGACAACGAAAUUAAUCUAUUAAUGCAACAAAUCAUCCUAAAAUUGCAAAAGUGUGCAAUGCAUACAUGUGUUUGCAUGGCCUCAGGCGUCUAAUAUUAUCAGGAAAAGUCUAGAUUGGGUAAGCCUAGCAAACUACACCAACAUAUAUUAGAUAACUGAGUAAAAGAAUGAUUUAAUCCAGCUCUAUAAGAUAAAUGGGGGAAACCGGGGCUUGUUGUCACAAUUUUUACACCCUCAUAUAAUUCUUCACUCCACUUCAACUUUAUUAUGUUCCAAAAUGGGCAAAUCGGUUUGCAGCAGGCACAGGCAUUUAAAACACUGCCAUACAUGAUAAAAGAAAAUAAUUAAAAUAAAAUACAUUUACAUAAAAAAAAAAAAAAAAAAAUCAGGAGGUAAAAAGCAUUACAGACGAUUUAGAAGGGGGAAAAAAAGGCAUAUGUCAGUCAUACCAGCAUUUUUGUAUGAGUGGAGUGCAUAAAAUGGAGAAACAAAGUGCAAUGUUCCUCUUAAACAUGUGACAACUAACUAGGCCUGGGCGAUUUGGCAAAAAAAAAAGAUCACAAUAUAUUUUGUCAUAUUGUCGGACCUCGUUUACUAUCACGAUUUUUUUUUUAACCACCUGUUUUAAAGUAUCUGAACUAAAAACAGAAGAAACUAGAGAUUAGUUCAACAUUGUAUUGACAUACGAAUGAAAUAACAAAACAAAUUGAAUAAGCUACACUUAGAAAAAUGUAAAAAAAUAUUUUAACUUGAGUACAACAAAUGUAGAUAAAUACUAAAUAAUACAGUGAAUGAGUUUACAGUCCUGAGUGUGUUUGCAGGUAUGCAAGACCCAAAAUAAACAAAUCGCCCCCUCAGAGCUAAUGAAGACGCCUUUAAAUGUAAAUAUUAGAUGAUGUAAACAUAGGUGAUAUGAUUGAUUGCUGCUUUGGUCUGGUGGCUUCACCGCUAGUUGUGGCUAAACUGGGGGGACUGGACUUGAGAACCACUGAGUUAGCUUAAAAUAGAACAAUGACUGAGGUAUUGUCUCUCCUCUAACAAGUCCACGUGUUUCACUGCUGGGAUUUUUAUCUGGAAGAAGCUUAUUUUGAAAUAUAUAAAGUUUUUUUUUUUUUUACUUUGGGUUGUACGAAAUGGUUAAUUGGUGCUCAUCUCAGCUCACAAUGUGCUCUUCACUUCUCAGACAAGACGUGGCCCCUGACCAUAUAAAGGAAGAAAACUAGUAUUCCACUUUUUAGUUGCGCCCUCUGGUGGCAAAGAUAAUCACAAUGUGACAACUUACCCAUGUGACAACAAGCCCCGGUCUCCCCUACAUGUAGGCAUUAAACUUCUAAUGCUGUUGUAAAUAAUGUUAACACGUGAAGAAAAACUAGACUCAGUAUUAUUUCAGAUUUCAGUGGUUUAAAAGCAACUCAAAUUAUUUUUAUUUUUCUGAUCCCAUCAUAGCAUCUGUCAUCUAGGUUUAUAAUACUCUUUUUUUGUGAUGGGAGCAUAAUUCAAUUUUAUUUGAUUUGAUGGGACGUGAAGGAGCACACAUGUAUCAGCAGGGAUUCAGACUAAUAAUAUUAUGGUGAAAUCUUGGCUCAGGUAAACAUAUCAAAACACAUGAGAACUAUUAUGCAGCAACUUAACCUUAAAAGUGGUGCAUCUUCAUCUGCAAAGGUAUGCCAUUAAUAUGAUUAGUAAUUUCCCCUGCUCUCUCUUUUUGCUUGAGGUCCUACUGUCACCAUGAAAGAACUAUGAUAAAUAACAAUUAUUCUAAAUGGAUUCAAAUUUCUCUGAAAGUGUCUAAAUCUCCAGAGUAAUUCAACAGAGUGUGAAAACAGGCACAGAACCAAAGUAUCCCACACGGUUUCUCUAAAUAAUGGUCCUUACAGCUGCUGAAGUGAAGCGGGGUCAACAGUGUAUGUUGGUCUCUGACUCAUUCGCAGGCUCAGCCAAGGGUUUCAUGUUUGUUUAAAUCUGUGCUAACAUGUAUAAACAUGACUUUUCUGUCAGCUCUCAAUAAUCCAAUUGUUUUGCAUUAUGUUUAAACAUGGUUUCCUCUAAAAAAAAAAAAUUUAUCCACUCUUGAAUCAAAACGCACAGUCCAAAGAUCUUCACAUGGUAUUUAUUCAACAACACAGACAGAAAAAUGAGGAAAAAUAAAGGCUACAAUAGCCAGAAUUUUUCAACCCCACACUUCCAAAGAGUGUCUAACAUUACAUUACACAUUUCACUUAGUACUUUUCUUUCUCUUUUACAGCGGAGUGGCCUAAGACUAUUACCGGCCUGCCCAGUACGUCAGGCACCACAGCCAGUGUGAUUGUGAUCCGGGGAACCCACAUGUAUGUUGCUCAUGUUGGGGAUUCAGCAGUAGUGGUUGGAGUGCAGGAGAAUGACUCUGAUAUUACGCUCCAGGCUCUUGAAGUAACACAAGACCAUAAACCUGAACUUCCUAAAGAGAAAGAAAGGAUUGAGCGACUUGGUGGCAGGUGAGUCAAGGAAAUGGACCUCAUAAGUAAAACUGUGUGAAUGGAGGCAUGUUUCAAGAUUGAAUCCAGCUACAUGACUCUGUGAUACUGCCACAUAUGUUCUUGUGAUAGUUAGAUAUUUUCAUGUAUUUGUUCCUUUUAAUACUUCUGAAGUUUUGGUCAAGCUGAAAACUCGCCAUAGUGUUAAGUUGAUUUAUUUAUUCCUCUGUCUGCAGCGUAAUGAAGAAAUCUGGAGUUAACCGUGUCGUGUGGAAGAGGCCCAGGCUGACUCAUAAUGGUCCUGUGAGGAGAAGCACAGUCAUAGACCAGAUCCCCUUCCUGGCUGUGGCCCGAUCUCUUGGUAAUGAUAAUAACCUGAUAGUUUGGAUGAGCGAACAUACAAAUGGCAUUUAAGCAACACAAAUUUUAUCACGAUACGGGGCUCGACAUUUCACAACCAUUUCACUCACAUUUGCAACUAAAAAAAGGAGUGUGCAAAUUGUAAAAUGUAUUUAGGGGCAUGUGUGGCAAAUAGCAGAGGCAAUAAUUGUUUUUUUCAUGUAAACACCGCGGUGAAGAUAGUUUUAGGUUGGAGAUUCGACUGACAUUCACUGCGGAUCUACCAGUGUCUUCUCACUCUCCAUUACCGGGAAUGGCAAGAGCAGCGCAUAUAAAUCUACUCAGCAUCCUCACUGUCAGUGUCGGGUGUUGAAUAAGGGACCAUCAAUAAAUUACUUGUUGAUGUUCUCAAAAAAGGCUGCUUUCCUUCAGUAGCUUCCAUCUCAUGUGACCAAUAUAUCUAAAAUUGAGUGCAAAUCGCAGUACCAAGAUUGGAUAAUAGACACACCUCUUCAUUUCCCUAAUUUGUCCUCAAUACAUUUUUUGUGUUCAAUUUAAAAGGCAAAUUUUGAACAUUUUCUUCAAUAGCUUCCAUGUCAUGUGACCAAUUGAUCUAAAAUUGAUUGCAAAUAGUAGUACUUAUGUCAACCAAUAAGACACACAUUAUUUGAUCAGUUUUCAUUAAGUUCGUGUCAAGCCCUGCGAUAACAAACAUAGCAUGAUUUAUUACAUAACAUUAAAUGCAUUUUUUGGUACAAGGAUUUUGACACUGUGAUUUAUUUGUAGUGAUUCUUUGAGUAGGAGGAUGAUAACCUUUGUUUUCUUUGAUCUAAUUCAAGAACAUAUCUCAGAGUAUAAAAGCUGUACACCACCCUCAGUCAAAAAGUACUUUUUGUGCAGUCAGAUCAGUGGGAUGCAUUUUUUUCCCACAUUCUCACAUUAGCCAAUUUGAUCACACUUGUUUUUGGGAAGUGGAAGUAAAGUUACAAAAAUUAUUGUCACCUUUUUCUGAGCAUUUCCAUGUUGCGUCACACUUCUAAUCUAUUAAAAAGGUGAUCUAUGGAGCUACGAUUUCUACAGUGGAGAGUUUGUGGUGUCUCCAGAGCCUGAUACCACUGUUAUGACCCUCGACCCCAAACGGCAUCGGUACAUCAUCCUCGGCAGUGAUGGACUAUGGAAUAUGAUGCCCCCCAAGAAUGCUGUCAACAUGUGUUUUAGCCACGACAAAAUGGUGGUGAGUAUCCAAGCUCUUUGUCAGUGUUUCAUAAUCACAUUAAAGCAGUUUGACCAUCUAUAAAAGAGUCUCCAGUGUUCGGCAGAAAAGCGUAUUUAGCCUCGAUGUUUUCAUUUUGGUGAAAAUUCCUGGAAGUUUUGGGUUUGACAGGAUUUUAAAAAAUUCAGACUGCUUAAUUCUUGACUUUGAUGCUUCUUUGCUUCUAGGGCCCAAAGGGCAUGUCCUGCGCCCGUCGGCUGGGGUGCACAGCCCUGCUGUUCUGGAAAGAGCGCAUGCUCCGUGCAGACAACACAACUGUUAUUGUCCUGGCCCUGCAGGAACGCAAUGGCCCUCCUAUUCCUAUGCACCGAGAUGAGAUUGUUGUUGACAUGGCCACAGGAAUUGACCAUGUUCCGUAUCCAGGAACUACUUAUAACACAUGUGAGGUCCCAAAGGUCAGUGCUACGUCUUUGUUGUGUCUUUUUUUACUUAAUCAUUGGAUGAAUCAUAUAAAUCAUAAAAGAAAACUGCAAAUAUUUUCCAAAUGCAGAGUGGGUCAAAUGUGGGAAAGGAUCUCAGCACCACUCUGACAGUGGAAAAAUAUGCUUAACGUCUGUGUGUUUGUUUGUUGUUUGCUUUCCACUGUAUUGUCCCUUUUUAUAUUCAGAUUCAUUUUUAUUGUCAUUGUGUUUAAUACUUUCACCUGUAAAAGUAUGAAGGCUUGUAGUCAACACGGCUUAACUCAAGGUCGUAGCAACAGUUACCAUCAGUGGGCCUCAAUGAAUCACUCAAUCUUUGUUUUCGGGGCCAACAGGCGGAGCAUGAGGAUGACAUGUUUUAUGAAGAAGAUGAGAUAUAUGGAGAAGAACAUGAGGGAUGGCCGUGCCUGGAGUGGUAGUGAGGUGACUGCUCAAAUCUAAAACUGUGUCAGAGUGUCAGCUAAUCGACCUGUCAGUGAUUUAAUGUUUUUAUAAGCUGAAGAACUAGGCUCGCCUGCUGGAAAAUGCAGCUUUCUGGUCAUAAAAAUGACUCCUCUUCCAGCUUGUAAGUCUUCUUUUAGCAUUUGUUAGUUCCUUUGGUUUUGAUAUCGUACAGCAUAUUCAUGGGGAUGAAAUUACUAGUAUCAUCAGUUCCACUUUAACUAUAUUUUAUCCUUUUUCCAGCGGAGGGAGGCAGUCAGCUAUCUGGCUAACUAAAAAGUAUUUUCUUAAAUACAAAUCAACGAUAAAUCAUGUCCAGAUACAGAGAUGAAGGUUUGGAUUUUGUACUUGAACAGAAUAUAUAAAUUCCCCUUAUGACAGUGUGCUGUAAUUCAUUUUCUUUUCAAACAAAAGAAGACAUUUCAUCCUUCUUUAACCCUGUUUUGCGUCAGCGAGACAAAGAGAUGUCUUUGCUCUUAUAAAAACUGAACAUAUAUAAGACAGGAAAAAAAAUCAUCUACACUACAAAUAACAACUUAAACAUUGUUUCAGUUGAAAUCCAUCUUUAUUCCUACUGCCUACAUUCUGUAUAACCUCCAUUAUCACUUGUAUCAUAGUCACUCAUCUGUGUGUCUAGCUGACAUUGAUGAAUGACAAGUUGUGUUUUAUUUUUCCUCCCUGUAUUCUUGAAUAAUAAGGAAAAAAAAAAGAGCUUUUAUUUUUAUAAAUGGACAGUUUGAUUCAAAUAAGCUAGAAAACUAAAGUUUAGGCGUUAUUUUAAAAGUGGACAUUAAUCUGUCAUUUGUUUUCUUAAGCAGAGCGAUGCAGUGACAGCUCCUUCUCCAUUCAAAGACACUUCCACAGCUCUGGAGCAGGCAUUUGGGCUGUAUGAAGCAGCUUUCUGUGCCACCGCACAGCUCCUUCCUGAUGUUGACUCUGUGAGGGCCACACUGCCCCCCUCGGACGGUUCUGUGAAUGUUUUUGAAAAGCAAGACUCCACAACCCAGAUGGACUGUGUAUCAUCAUCUCCUCUUCCUCCUCCUCCUUUGAAAAGGUCCCGCCGCUCCCCGCACUCUCAGUCUGAACCCGGAGGUCCUCGCCGUCGUCUUGGCCGGCCCUCCAACAAAAGUGUCCCUCAGGAGACGCCUCACAGUGACGUACAAAGCGAACAAUCGAGUCAAAGAAGCUCCUCUGAAGAACGCAGCAUCCUACAGCACCGCAACUCUGCCUUGUGUGUGUGUGCCGAAUCUUGAACUCAGAAAUGUUUUCCUGCCCUGAGACUAAAAAGGAUAAACUGCAUUGGGUCAAAUUUGCUUAUGUGUCAGGUGUAACAGGCCUAUUCCUAGAUGUAUACUUUUAUACAGAGUCUGUUUUUGUAAAUACCGGGGAAAUUUGAAAUUGUAAAUGUGUUGCUGAUUUAACCUUUUUUGUUUCUUCUCUUAAUGCUGCCCCUGCUAUAAAUUUUAAUCAGAAAUUUUAAAUUUUACAUCUGCUCAAUCUAUUUUCAUACUUAGAAGUAUCUAUAGUAUAUCCAAAAAGACCUAUUUUAAAAGAAGAUAGAUCACCAAAAUCUGAGAGAACUACGGUUGACACUGGCAACCAUCUGGAAAUAAUAUUUAUCAAAUAAAUCAACUAUUUUGGAUUUCUUUUAAUUGAUACCUUAGACCAGUUGUUUGGACAUUCAAGUUCAAUAGUAAUGACGCCCUCAUAGUGAUGAUAUUUUGGCUGAGAGAUAAUGGGGGAAUAGAUGACGAGCAAUAGUCUGAGGUUAUUAUUAUUAUUAUUAUUACUAGAGGACUAAUUUUAAGACACUAUUACAUACUUUCAUGUCAAUAAUUGCUACCAUAAGCUACUAAGUGUAUCUCAUGCAUACUGUGUGAGGAGAUGUUAAAGGGUCAGUUCACUGACAAAGCGUAUUAUUUUAUUUACCAGAGGGGUAUCUAUUCAUGUGGGUACUGUACAUAUGUUUGUUUCGGUGUGCUGACCCUGUGAGGAAACUUCACUAGAGAGUCAUAUUGAUCCAUUCCAAACACCUCCAUGUGUGAUUUGGUUUUUAACCGUUCUUUUUUCUUCAUUAUUAUUAUUAUUUUGAAACCUCAGCCUUUCCAGAUGUAUGUUUUAAGUGGUACAAGUUGUUGGUUGAUGAUGAAAAAAAAAUGAGAUCAGUGUCUGUGCCUCAGUGGAAAUUGGUCAAGGGGGCAGCUUAGAUGUGUUCCUAUAGAUAACAUCAAUAUAAUUUUUAAGUGUUGAUAAGGCACUAGCUCUAUUUUAAUAGGUCUUCCUCUUUGUUUUCAUGAAUUGUACUCGUGUUUGUGGUUUUCAUCCAUAACGUGUUUUAAUCUGCACAUAAAAGCACAUUAUGGUACAUACAUCCUAUACAGAAAGUGCCCCAUCCAUGGUAUAAAGUGAUCAAAGUUCUAACUUGUGUUUAUAUGGCAGCUCGGUAACUGUUCUAGCUGAUUUGUUUGCCUUCUUUUUACAUAAGCGUGUCAUGUUUGCCUUAGCACAAAUGAGUCAGAGGUGCUUUUUUAACAUGUUUUCAUAUUUGUGACUCAAGACAAGUGUGGAUCUCUCAACGGUGUGUCAUUCUGAGUGUGGCUGUGGCUCAGCUUUCGACCAUUUAUCACGCACCUUCAGUUUUACAUUUGACCAUCCACACUGCAGCAUUACACGUUUCAUGUCUCUCAAUUCUACAACAAAGCAGUGUGUUUGUUUUGUACAGUACGUCAAUAUGCAAUACAAGUUUGUACAGUACAUUAUUAUGCAAAACUAAAUGGAUAUUUCAGGAGUCUGGCAUGCUCAGAUCUACUUUGUAUGUUGUGAAGUGUCCUGAGGUAAUGGAUGUUCAUGAGCAUGUGGUUUGUUUUUGACAUUUACAAUACUUGGCUCUGGCUUCAUAUCCACCGCAGCCAGUUUUCAAGACUAACUGUAUAAGUUACAUACUUUAAAAGUGACUGAUUAUAUGAUGUCUGUGUGUUGUAAUAAAGUUCUCAAUUUUUCAAAUGGUGCUGUCAAA